AUGUCUGAAGAGAGAGCAAAAGUUUCAAUAGCGUCAGGCUGGGAAUGGAAGCUUGCACAUAAAAACAGUAUCAAACGAGUCCCCUUAGAUCCCAAGCUUCUGCAGUGGGCGCCAGCAAGUCAGUUCCCGUCCGUGAUCCAACUUGAACUUCUUCAUACUGGCCAGAUUACGGAUCCAAAUGUUGGUGAAAAUGAGCGGGACAGCCAAUGGGUUGGGGAAUGUGAUUGGGAAUACCGUUGCAGCUUCCCAACGCCUGCUGGAGUAUCUCGGUACUCAGCUACUGAAAUUGUCUUCGAAGGAUUGGAUACGUUUGCGACUGUAACUUUGAAUGGGAAGGAGAUUUUGAAAUCCGAUAACAUGUAUCUUCCAGCGAGGGUUGAUGCAAAGAACUCACUAAAGGAUCCAACCUGUGACGGAGAAAAUGAGAUUGUCAUCUUGUUUGAAAGUGCUUUGAAGAAGGGCACGGAAUUAGAGAAGCAGUUCGGAGUGAAACAAAGUUUGAUGAGGGAUACAAGACUAUCAUUGGGGGACUGGGGUCCUAAUCUUGUCACUUGCGGACCGUAUCUUCCGGUAUAUCUCGAGCUAUAUGCUUCCCGCAUUGAGAAUGUCCAUGUUUUCACCAGUUCACUGAAAGCAGUCGAUGAUAAUGACUAUGCUGCACAGAUCCGGGUGAAAGUGCAAACAUCUGGUUCGGCUGCGGAAUUGCCAGCGAAUUACAGUAUUGAGGUAGAGAUAACGGACAAAUCAGGUCAACAUGUUGCUCGUCUUUCAGGAGCUGAUGUCUCGUUAGACCUUGCAAAACCCAAGCUUUGGUGGCCAAAUGGCCAGGGAGCCCAAUGUCUUUACACUGCUAAAGUUACGUUGAGAGACAACUCCUCAACGAUAUUAGAUUCCUCCUUCACAAGAUUUGGCAUCCGGACAAUUACUCUGAUUCAGAGGCCUCUCGACAAUGAGCCAGGCAAGACGUUCAUGUUUAAUGUGAACGGGCGCAACAUUUUUAUCCAAGGAGGCGAUUGGAUUCCGGCAGACAAUCUGCUUCCAAGUCUAACCCGAGAACGCUACUUUAACUGGAUAAGGCUUGCAAAACGGGCCAAUAUGAAUAUGAUUCGAGUAUGGGGAGGCGGUAUCUACGAAACAGAAGACUUUCUGGAUGCCUGUGACGAGUUGGGACUUUUGGUUUGGCAUGACUACGCGUUUGCUUGUGGGGACUUUCCUGUUCAUCAGGAUUUCUUAGACAGUAUCAGGAAGGAAGUAGAGGUUCAAACUCUAAGAUUGAGGGGUAGGGCUUGUUUGGCACUCAUAUGUGGUGGAAAUGAGGACUUCAUGUUAGCAGACACCGAUGGAGAGGUAUUCGAGGGAACAUUUCUGCGCAAGAAAAUAUACGACCACGAGGAUGUCGUUGGACCAUUCAAGAAUACUGACUUCCCUCAACGAGAAAUCUAUCUUGAAAUUAUUCCUGAUGCAGCAAGGAGGUUCUGUCCAGAGGUUCAGUACUGGCCGAACUCUCCUUGGGGAGGUGUAGAGGAAGCAAAUGAUCCAACAAUAGGAGACAUUCAUCAGUGGGAUGUUUGGCAUGGUAAGGGGAGAUCCUAUCAAGAUUAUGGAAAGCUCUCAGGACGCUUUGUUUCGGAAUUCGGAAUGCAUGGAUUCCCUGAUAUGAGGACUGUCUAUGAAUUUGCACCCCGCCCUGAAGAUCGACAUCCACAAUCUCGAGCAAUCGAUUGCCACAACAAAGGCCACGGUGCGGAGACUAGGAUUGCACGUUAUCUCGCAGAGAAUUUCCGAUAUAGCCAAAAGCUAGAGGAUUUUGUCUAUGUGAGCCAGCUUACGCAAAGUGAGGCUUAUGGGUACGCUUUGCGGGAUUGGAAGAGGAAGUUUGGAGGGAAAGGGAAAGAAAGCUGUGCUGGUUUGAUUAUCUGGCAGUUCAAUGAUGUUUACCCGUGCACGAGUUGGUCGUUCGUAGAUUACUACCUCCGACCAAAACCCGCUUAUUACACCAUUCGACGAACUUUCGCCGAAGUAACCAUUGGUAUCGAACGCACCCCUCGAUCACUAUGGGUUGAUGAUGAUCGUCCAAGAGACACGGAUAUUCCAUCUUUCUCCAUUUUUGCGCAUAAUACGACCAUGGAGGUGAAGAAGUAUGAGCUGGUCCUCACGGCGUAUGACCUGCUCACCGGAAGUUAUAUUUCGUAUCCAACCGAAAGUCAAUCAGUGUUCCUCCUGCCAAACCAGAACACUGAACUUGGAAUGGUUAAAAACCCAGACACUCUCACGGAAGAGUCUCUAAUCAUUCUAUACGCAAAGCUGGUUGACACUUCCACCGAGGGGGCUAGCAAAGUUGCGGCCAGGUAUGUGAACUGGCCAGAACCAUUUAAAUACCUUCAAUGGCACAAAGACACUAAAGUCAUUAUGGAGGUGCUUGAUGCAGAGAAUGGCUCCGAGUGGGAGAAUGUGGUUAGACUGACGGCAAGCCAUCCCGUGAAGGGCUGUCUGCUAUAUAUUGACUACGAUGACGGCGAGGAUGCUACUUGGCAGGAUAACAUGUUAGAUCUCAUGGCGGCAGAAUCUAUUGAUGUAAACGUGAAGGGACUAGGCGGAAGAAACAUCAAGACUAGGUUUCUGAAUGAUUGGGAGUUGAGUAACGACAAGAUCUAG